AUGGCUGGGGGAGGACCAGUUCCCGUCCCUGUAAAGGGCGACGAUGCCACCAUCCUGUGCAUGGAAGAUAUCAAGGCCGUCGCAGACGCAAAGCUGCCAGAAGUAGCCCGAGACUUCUUCAAUUCUGGCUCGACCUACCAAACCACCAUUGCCGAAAACAGCUCCGCCUUCUACAAAUACCGGCUCCGCUCACGGGUCCUCGUCGAUGUCUCCAGAUUAUCCACGGCGACCAGGUGCUUCGGGCGUACGAUCAAAUUCCCCCUCUGUGUGUCACCGGCGGGGAUUCAGGCCAUGGCUCACCCGGACGGGGAGGUGGCGACGUCGCGGGCGUGCGCGACCAUGGGCAUCAACAUGGGCAUCUCGAGCUUUUCGAAUUACUCUGUAGAAGAGGUCGUGGGGGCCUCCAAUGGUAAUGUGCACUACGCGAUGCAGAUGUACACGAUGAAGGACCGGGCGUUGCAGGAGCGCAUCAUCAACAAGGCCGAGGCGGCGGGUUGCAGGGCCAUUUUACUGACUGCCGACUCGCCCGUGCUGGGCGUGCGGUACAAUGAAUGGCGCAACGACUUCCGCACCCCGGAAGGCCUGGGGUUCCCCGUCAUAGAGCUGACCAGCGACAUGAUCCGCAAGCAGACCCACGACAGCGGGUUCAUGGCCUUCAACGACGACUCGCACAACUGGGCGCGGGACAUCCAGUGGCUGAGGGAACGCACCAAGAUGGAAAUCUGGAUCAAGGGCAUCGUCACCGCCGAGGACACCGAGUUGGCCAUCACUCACGGAUGCGACGGCAUCAUCGUCAGCAACCACGGCGGACGCCAGCUCGACGGUGUCCCCGCGACGAUUGACGCGUUGGUGGAAUGCGUGGACGCCGCCCGGGGCCGGAUCCCGAUCCACAUGGACGGCGGCAUCAGGAAGGGGACAGACAUCUUCAUCGCGCUCGCGCUCGGGGCCUCGUGCGUCUGGGUCGGCAGACCGGCGAUUUGGGGCCUCGCGUACGGUGGACAGAGAGGCGUCGAGAAGAUGCUCGAGAUGCUGUACGACGAUUUCCGCAGGUGCAUGGCCCUCUGUGGGUGCAACAGCGUCGACGAGGUUAAGAGGAGUUGUCUGAGCAGGAUGGGACUCGACGGCGUCUUGAGACGCAUGGAGUAG